AUGUCGACGGAUAUCAGGGAUACGAAGUUAAUCAAGGAAUUAGCUGCAAAUGACAAAAAAACCCGCGACGCCGCUCUCCAGUCCCUACGCACCUAUCUCUCCGCAUCGCGCGCCCUAACCCACCUCGACUAUCUCAAAAUCCACUCCGGUCUCUUCUACAGCAUGUGGAUGUGCGACCGACCACUCCCACAACAAUCCCUCGCCAAUUCUCUCGCCUCUCUCCUGUCCUCCCUCUCCCCCUCCACCCAAGCACCCUUCUACACCGGUUUUUGGGAAAUCAUGUCUAAAGAAUGGGAACGCAUCGAUGUGUUGCGCAUGGAGAAAUUUUUACUGCUCGUGAGACGCUAUUUGGCGGCUGGCUUUGAGGUUGUGGUUUCAGGCUCUUCUGCUUCCGCUUCUGCAGGAAAGAAAAAUAAGAAAGGGUCGAAGAAAGUUGUCUCGGAUUCUGGAGAACAGAUUUUGGAAGUCUUAUCUUCGAUUCCCUGUGGUUCGGGUCCCGACGCGCAGCGCACACCGAAUGGAAUGCGCUUUCAUGUAAUCGAUAUCUGGAUUGAUGAGCUUGAGAAGUUGGGUGCGAUCGACGCAGCGAAGGAGAGUGAAGAGGGCGCGGAGAGAUUAGAGAAAUUGUUGGAGCCAUUGAGGAAAUUGGGCAAGGAGAGUAUUAAUAAGACGGUUAGGAAUAAGUGCAAGGAGGCGCUAGGAGAUGAGCGCUUACCGGGGAAUGAGAAGAAGGAGGGUGCGGAGGGAGAUGAUGUGGAAAUGAGUGAUGCGAGCAAAGGGGAGGAGGAUGGAUGGGGUGGGAUUGAGGAUUAA